UGCCUCAAGGUUGGAAGUGAACGGCAUGUGUGUGUAACAGAUAGAGAGAGAGGGACAGAGAGAGGUUAGGGAAAAAGUGUAGUGUGCUUCUACUUCCAGAACAGCUUUUCUGUUCUCCAAUCACUGCCUUUUUUCACACUCCUGUCCCUCCUCCUCUGUGUCUUUUUCUUUCUCUGCCUUUCGGUGGCUGUUUGGCUUCAGUGGGUCUUUGCCAUCACACUACAAUGACUGCUGUAGCUGUAGUCUGCCUGCAGUGAGCAUUCUGAGGUUAUGCUGCCCGAAACUUCCCAGUUGAGUCUGAGUGAAAGAGAAAAGGGCUAAAGCCAGCGCACUUUACAGCAUCACCCACAAACCUGACCAUAAGCAAUGAGUGACCCUCAGGACGCCAGUGACGUCACUUCUGCCACAGGCUUGACAAGACAUUUGCCUGUUGCAGGGCAUUCUCCCCCCCAGCGAUGUGACGAUGAUGACGAAGGGGACUUGAACAAGACACUGGGAGUGCAGCGCUUCCAGCAGAUCCUCACUCCCGCCCCGCGCGUGCCCAUCGAACAACACCGCACAUUUAAUGAGGAGGACUUUGAGUAUCACCGUCACACCUCUCUACACGUUCACCACCCUCUGUCUAAACAUCUCCCAGAGGGUCGGCGGAAAAAGCCCGGGCGGAAACGGAAGGACUCAGGACGGAGGAGGAGUUCAUCCAUGGGAGCAGCUCCCCCGAUAGAUGAGGAUGAUGAGGAUGAAGAGGUGGAUGAAGAUUCCUGCAGCCAGCAGGAAAGAGAGGAAAAUGUCACCACUACACCUACACCGGACACAGACACAGAGGUCGUAGAGCAGGCAGAGUUUUUUGUAUCACAAGAUGACCCCAACUCCACUGUAAAAAAGAACGGUAAAGCCUCGCCUCAUCGAAAACUGUCAAUCAUACCCCAUUCUACACUUCACACCAGUAUCAGCAUCCCAGAAGAUGUUGCAACAACCGUGGGCAGAAAUUGGGUUCGUAAUCUACCCAAUGGCAGACGAGUGUCCGCACCAUGUUUGUUUCCAAGUUUGAGUUCUCCAGACGGCAGCUCUAAGCCCGGCCGCAGCUAUGAUUUGCAGGAGCGCCGCCGCACGGGCAACAUGACGGGCACUGCGCUAGCACACUACCAACACAUGCCCACUGACGAGAGCGAGGCACAGACGCUCGCCACGGUUGACCUGGAUGGCAUUAAGAGUCACAGGUUUGAAGAUGUUCCUGGUGUGCGGCGGCACCUGGUUAAGAAGAGCGCUAAAGGUCAGGUGGUUCACAUCGGCAAGGACCACAAAGAACCCAGCAGUCGUAUCCGGACUAAGCUGGAUCGAACCCCACAUGAGGUGUUUGUUGAGCUGAAUGAGUUAGUGAUGGAUAAGAACCAGGAGAUGCAGUGGAGGGAAACGGCUCGUUGGAUAAAGUUUGAGGAGGAUGUGGAGGAGGAGACCGAACGCUGGGGAAAACCUCAUGUAGCUUCUCUCUCAUUCCGCAGCUUGCUGGAGCUCCGCAGGACCAUUUCACAUGGUGCAGUGUUGUUGGACCUGGACCAGAAGACCCUUCCUGGUAUUGCUCAUCAGGUUGUGGAGCAGAUGAUUAUCACAGAUCAGAUCAGAGCACAGGACAGAGCCAACGUGCUCCGUGCCCUGCUCCUCAAACACAGUCACCCGAGUGAUGGCAAGGAGCACAGCUUGUUUAAACGGAACAUCUCUGCAACCAGCCUUGGCUCUCUCAUAUCUCAUUACCAUAGCAAUAACCAUAUCGCCGCACCCGAGCCCCCUGCCACUGACCCGCUCAUUGGAGGACUACGUAACUUUGAGUCCCGCGGUAGUGUAGACUUGGAUAAGAAUGAGAAAGACACACCCCAGUUUUUUGGUUUGCACAAGGCCAAAUCUAAACAUGAGCUGAAGUUGCUUGAGAAGAUUCCAGAGGAUGCAGAAGCGACUGUUGUCCUUGUGGGUAGCGUGGAUUUCCUGGACCAGCCCACCAUGGCCUUUGUGAGACUGCAGGAAGCAGUUCUGUUAGAGUCAGUUCUAGAAGUGCCGAUUCCAGUACGGUUUAUAUUCGUGCUCCUUGGCCCGCCCAGUGCCAAUGUUGACUACCACCAAAUAGGCCGCUCCAUAUCAACGCUUAUGUCAGAUAAGCACUUUCAUGAGGCGGCAUAUUUGGCAGAUGAGCGCCAGGACCUGCUGACAGCAAUCAACAGCUUCCUGGACUGCAGUAUUGUGCUUCCUCCAUCUGAGGUUGGAGGAGAGGAGCUGUUGCAUUCUAUCGCUCGCUUCCAGAAAGAGAUUCUGCACAAGAGACAUGAGCUAGAGGUCAAAAUACAGGCCAAGGAACUUAAAAGCCCUGAGGACAUGGCCCUUCAUCCACCUUUGAAACCUAUAGACGAUCCUCUUCAGAGGACGGGUCGGCUGUUUGGCGGGGUUAUCAGAGAUGCACAGCGCCGCUACCCUAAAUACAUCAGUGAUUUUAAGGAUGCCCUAAGUCCUCAAUGCAUGGCCACAGUCAUAUUCAUUUACUUUGCUGCCCUUUCCCCUGCUAUCACCUUUGGAGGACUAUUGGGUGAAAAGACAGAUGGUUUGAUCGGUGUGUCAGAGCUGAUUAUUGCCACUGCCAUGCAGGGAAUGUUGUUCUGCCUGCUUGGGGCUCAACCUCUGCUGGUGGUGGGCUUCUCUGGACCCCUUCUAGUAUUUGAAGAGGCCUACUAUUCAUUCUGCAGGUCCAAUGAAAUCGAGUUUCUGACAGGACGUGCAUGGAUUGGAAUUUGGUUGGUCAUCAUUGUAGUUCUCACGGUGGCCUUUGAAGGGAGCUUCCUGGUGCGAUUUGUGACACGCUUCACCCAAGAGAUCUUCUCCAUCCUUAUCUCUCUCAUCUUCAUCUACGAGACCUUCUUCAAGCUGGGCAAAAUCUUUAUGGAUCAUCCUCUCCAGAGCUGCUAUAUGCGAGAAGAAAAUGACACUGCUUUACCAACACCCACCAGUGACGGCGGACCUGCAGAUACCUCUCAAACCCUGAACCAGCCAAACACAGCUCUCCUCUCCUUGGUGCUCACGUCAGGCACCUUCUUCAUUGCCUUUUAUCUGCGUAAAUUCAAGAACAGCGCCUUUUUCCCUGGCAGUCUCCGAAGGGCUAUUGGGGAUUUUGGAGUUCCUAUUGCAAUCUCCACCAUGGUUCUGUUGGACUACAGCAUUAAGGACACUUACACACAGAAACUAAGUGUGCCUGAUGGCUUCUCUGUGACCAGCCCGGACAAGCGCGGCUGGUUUAUACACCCACUGGGCUCUGAUGGCCAGUUCCCCAUCUGGAUGAUGGUUGCCAGCAUUCUACCGGCUCUGCUUGUCUACAUCCUCAUUUUCAUGGAGACUCAGAUCACUACUCUUAUUGUGAGUAAGAAGGACAGGAUGCUGGUUAAGGGGUCAGGGUUUCACUUGGACCUGCUAAUCAUCGUGGUCGCGGGUGGGAUUUCAGCGCUCUUUGGGCUGCCAUGGUUGACCGGUGCUACUGUUCGUUCUGUAACUCAUGCGAAUAGUCUUACGGUCAUGAGCAAAGCCGUUGCUCCUGGUGACAAACCUCGAAUUCAGGAAGUAAAAGAGCAGAGAGUUACAGGAUUUCUGGUGGCUUUUCUUGUAGGUCUCUCGAUUGUGAUUGGAGAUCUUUUGCGGCAGGUUCCUAUCGCUGUGUUGUUUGGUAUAUUCCUCUAUAUGGGAGUGAUGUCUCUCAAUGGGAUCCAGCUAACAGAACGCAUGAUGCUGCUAUUCAUGCCACCGAAGUACCACCCUGACCACACCUAUGUCCGCAAGGUGCGUACUCUCCGCAUGCACCUGUUCACAUGUUUGCAGCUGGUGUGCCUGGCUGUGCUGUGGAUUGUAAUGUCAACCGCGGCCUCUUUAGCCUUCCCGUUUGUCCUUGUCCUCACUGUGCCAUUCAGGAGGUUCCUGUUGUCCCGAAUAUUUACUCAACGUGAGAUACAAUGUCUUGACGCAGAUGAUGCAGAGCCGUCAUUUGAUGACAGAGAAGGCCAAGAUGAAUAUACAGAGAUGCAAAUGCCAGUAUGACCUCAUUCCUCUUCUGUCACUACCUGGGCUGGCCUGACUUUCUUUUCAGGCAGAGAUGCCCAAAUGUACUGCCUGUCUUUUUUUUCUUUCUUUAAUCAAUGUUUGUCUCAUUUUGUUUUUGCUUAAUUCAUGGAGAUGUUAUAUUUAUACAUAUGUUCAAGUAUUGAAUAGUUGCUCAGUGUCACUUGUAUCUGUUGCGUGAAGAAAUAUUUGUCGCCUGUACUAUUAAUAUUUUAUCAGUUUAUUUAUCAGAGUUGAAAUGUUAUUGUGUAAUGUGUGUGUGUUGUGGAGCGUUAAAUGAAUUUAUGAUCUCGUCAGCUCAAAAUGGUACAGGAAGCACUUAAAGGUCAAUUUAAAAUGAAGCUGUUUUUACUGCUCAUCAGUUUGUUUUAUUUCAUUGGAAGAUUGCAUAUAGUGUACUGCUAAAAAUUAACAACUGUACAGAAUAACAUUAAUGCAAAUUUUGUGUGUGUGUGUGUGUGUG